AUGGCAUACAAGAAGUUGAGCGACUUAACUACAAGGGGACAGAAUUGGAAUAUUCAAGUGAAAGUAAUAAGAAUGUGGGAUUCAGUGAAUCCUACGACCGAUGAGCUUAUUAGCCUAGAUAUGAUACUGAUGGAUGAGCAGGGUGAAACAAUCCAUGCUACUAUCUGGAAGAAUCUUAUAGACACUUUUAGAUCAAAGAUCAAUGAAAAGUCUAUUUAUGCAUUCAGCAAUUUUAAGGUCGUGGAAUCCACAAAAUAUAGGCCAGUGAGCAAUGAAAUUAAAAUAUUUUUUACAUACAAUACAAAGGUAAAGGAAAUAAAAGGAUCUUCGGAAGUUUUCCCGGAAUAUUGCUUCGAGUUUGCUACCAUGGACACACUAGAAGAAAGGGCGGAAAAAGAUACACAAUGCUCAGAUGUCAUUGGACUACUAACUCAAAUGAAGCCAGUGGAGACAAGAAUAACAAAAAGGAACCCACAACCUUCAUAUAUCCGUGAGAUUGAAAUCCUAAUGCCAGAGGGUGAUAAAAUCAAAAUCACGUUGCUGGGAAAGUUUGCUUAUUUUUUGACCGAGGAUGUAAUCGGCAGCCAAACUGUCCUUAUUAUCACAUCAAUGAUGGUGCAGAGAUUCAGUGGUUUGUGCCUAAAGUCAACGAGUGCCACAAGGAUAUAUAUAGAUCUGGAUAUACCAGAAACACAAGAACUUCUUGAUAGGAACUCAGCCGAAGAAACCUUACCAAAGAUGGGCAGUAUAGAUAGAAGUAAUCAAGGAACACUAGAAGAACAUAUGUUUUAUAGGAGGAGAACAUUAGAAGAACUUACUACAAUGAGGCACGGAAACCAGUCAGAUCAGGAUGGGAAAUCGGAAGAAGCGCCAAAGAUUAUUCAACAAUUAUGUGGCAAAAGACUCAUAUUUAGAUUCAAGCUCAAUGAUAAUAAUCUCACAUUUGGCACACAAAACUAUGCCGUAAAAAGAACAUUUGUGCCUGAUGAUAGGCUUGAGAUGCUCUAUUUGGACAAUAAAGCUGAGGAGGAAUUGAUGGAUGAUGAGGUGGACACUGUGUUAAUGAAGAAGCAAAACAUGCCAGAUAGAAAGUCACAGAAUAAUAAUGUUUAA